AUGACAAAGUUUAUCCUUGUAACUGGCGGCGUCAUUUCUGGCGUUGGGAAGGGCAUAAUUGCCUCGUCUACUGGGUUCCUUUUGCGGACGCUCGGUUUUAAUGUCACGGCCAUUAAGAUCGAUCCCUAUUUAAAUAUCGAUGCGGGAACGAUUAGCCCCCUUGACCAUGGCGAAGUGUUUGUUCUCGAUGAUGGCGGCGAAGUUGAUAUGGACCUGGGAAAUUAUGAACGCUUUCUUGACGUCACUUUAACCAAAGACCACAACCUGACAACGGGGAAAAUAUACUCGCAAGUCAUUGAGCGCGAAAGAAAGGGUGAUUAUUUGGGGAAAACCGUUCAAGUUGUGCCUCAUUUGACCAAUGCCAUUCAAAACUGGGUUGAGCGGGUCUCAACUAUCAUCGUGUCGAAGCGGUUUACCUCCUCGCCGCCAGAUAUCUGUAUCGUCGAGCUUGGGGGCACAGUAGGUGAUAUCGAGUCGGCACCAUUCAUCGAAGCAAUGCGCCAGUUUCAAUUCCGCGUGGGGCAUGAAAACUUUUGCUGCUUCCACGUCUCGCUGGUGCCGGUGGUUGGGUCUGUGGGUGAGCAGAAAACAAAACCCACUCAAGCAUCGGUGAGAGACCUGCGAGGAUUGGGAAUUUCGCCGGAUUUCAUCAUAUGCCGCUCGACACACCCUCUCGAGUCUGCCAUAAACGAAAAGAUCUCCAUGUUUUGCCACGUCCCUCCAGAGCAAGUGCUUGCUGUCCAGGACUGCCCCUCGCUUUAUCAUGUCCCGUUAAAUUUACACUCGCAAAAUAUCACCAAAAUGCUCUGUGAUCGCUUGAAGAUUUCCCCGCCUCUUCUAGCAGGCAAUACUCUCUUUGAUGAGUGGAAGGUUAUCGCCAAUUGCAUCGACAAUCCCAAAUCACAUUGCCGAAUUGCGCUUGUGGGAAAAUAUACGAAUUUGUCUGAUUCGUACAUCUCUGUAAUAAAGUCGAUGCAGCAUGCCUCAUUGUUCCUGGGGCAUGCCCUGGAUCUUGUGAUGGUGGAGGCCUCAAACUUGACCAAAGAAGAUGCCGCCAGUUCGAUUGCGUAUGAUCUUUCGUGGAAAAAUAUCAAAUCUGCAAAUGGCAUCCUUGUUCCAGGCGGCUUUGGCAGCAGAGGUACCGAAGGCAUGCUGCUGGCGGCACAAUAUGCUCGCGAAAACAAGGUGCCAUUUUUUGGAAUUUGCCUGGGCUUUCAAAUCGCCACUAUCGAGGCUGCUCGCAACUUGGGUGGACUGACCCAUGCCAAUUCUUCAGAGAUUGACCCAUCUACGCCAGAUCCAGUGAUCAAGUUUAUGCCAGAGAUUUCACAAACGCAUCUGGGAGGCACCAUGCGGCUGGGUGCACGUGCCUUCAAGUUUGUUGAUGACAAGAGUCAGGCAUUCCGUCUGUAUGGCGGCUUGGAAUUUACCCACUUGGACCGCCAUCGACAUCGCUACGAGGUCAACCCGGAGUAUGUGGACUUUCUGGAGCAGCGCUGCAACAUCAACUUUGUGGCGCGUGAUGCCGAGACCGGCAUCAGGAUGGAGAUCCUAGAAAUUGACGAUCAUCACCAUCCCUACUAUGUUGCCUGCCAAUUUCACCCGGAAUUUAUGAGCCGGCCACUAGGCCCGUCGCCCCUCAUUGUGGGCUUUAUCAGGGCUGCCUCUAUCAACAUCAUUGCCUCGUAA